AUGAGUGUUUUCCAAAGGCUCCCAUUGGCCGUGGCUGCGGCCGCCACCCCUACCGUGGUACCAGGAAUCCUGUUUGGCGCUGUUGAGGUUUUGUGCAGUCAGUCCACCGGGCACACCUCCCCGUGCUUCCCGCCGGAGGGCUCGCGGGCGAGCGCCAAGCCUCGAUCCCAGCAGGACCUGAGCUCUUUUGCCAUGCCACACCUGGAUGGAGACCUGGAGAGUUCAGAAAAGCACUCUUCUCAUAAGGUGGACAGCCCCUUCUGCUCCGGCAGCCCCUCCAGAGGCUUCUUCCCCAGAGGCCCCCCGCGCCGGACCUCCAGCCCCGUGUCUGCUCCCGUGAGGCCCAAGACCAGCCCCAGCUCCCCCAAAACCGUGUUCCCGUUCUCCUACCAGGAGUCCCCGCCGCGCUCCCCGCGGCGCAUGAGCUUCAGCGGGAUCUUCCGCUCCUCGUCCAAAGAGUCGUCCCCCACGUCCAGCUCGUCUACCUCGCCCGGGGGCAUCCGGUUCUUCUCCCGCUCCAGAAAAACUUCCGGCCUCUCCUCCUCGCCAUCGACGCCCACCCAAGUGGCCAAGCAGCACUCCUUCCCCCUCGAGUCCUAUAAGCAGGAGCCUGAGCGACUGGAAAACCGCAUCUAUGCCUCGUCCUCCCCUGCGGACACGGGCCAGAGGUUCUGCCCGGCCCCCCACAGCCCGGCCCGGCCUCCGGCAGCGUCCCCCGCUCACUACGCUCCCUCCAGAACUGUAAGUCAGGGCGUGGGACCGGCCUGGGAGGCAGGGCCCAGUCUGAGUGUGCUCCCCUGGAGCUGGGGCUGUGGCUCCUGACAGCCGUGGGGUAUUUAUCGGGAAUCACAGGCUGCGAGAAAAAGUGGGAGGGCCCAGUGGGCAGAUGGAAGGCCCAUGACAAGUGGUAAUGCCUGGAACGUGACCAGAACCAGCUCUUUGUUCCCUCUGCUUCUUAAAAAAAAAAAAAGUUUUGUUUGCGUUUAUCUUGAGUGGGAAACUAACGUGACAAGUUACAGGCAAAGCAAAAAGCGAACACACCGCUUUUAAAAAUGGGAAUGUGCUUCUAGAGUUUUCUGAUAGGAAUUUGCCGUCGCUGGAGGGGGGCAGCAUGCUGAGAGGGGAGCCUGCCUGGUGGAGGGGAGCAGCGUCUCUGCUCCUUCCGAGGGGGCCGGCGAGGCUUCACGGAGGAGCCCCCGCUGCCCCACACGCGGCCUGCACGUGGGCGCGGGGCUCCGUCCCUCUUGCCUGCCUGGUCCGCGGUCCGUAUGCAGAGGCUCUGUACUGGGUCUGUGCUCGGCAAGGACGUACGACCUACCACUGAGAUCGACCUGUGCAGAUACAGCUCCGAUUCGGUUGUUUUCCUCUCCUGGGGCUGGUGGGAUAGUGGCACGAGCUGGGGCCUGAUGGCAACAGGAAGCCUGUCUCGGCUCCGGAGGCUGGAAGUCUGGCGUCGAGGCGUCGGCGGGACCGAGCCCUCGGAGGUCUCUGGGGCUCACGGUCUCCCCAGCUCCUGUGGCCCCAGGCUUUCCUUGGGCAGCAGCAUCACUCCGCCCUCUGCCUCCCUCCCACAUGGCUUCUUCCCUCCUUGUCUGUCUGUGUCCGG